GAGCGGGAUGACCAGGAGGCUCGCAGAGAAUUACAAAGUCCACCGCCGUAUCCACCUUCACCACCGUGGUCAGCCCUUGUACGCAGUGGCAGUGGUGUGACGUCAACCAAUACCGCUACCUCAGUUGUAAUCAGUUCGACCGCCGGCGACGAUAGCCACCCAGUUCGGGGCUCUAGUCGUGGCCUCUCAUCUGCAUCAGCCACUUCCUCGAACGAAUCGCCGCGGACUUAUGUCAGCGUAGCGAGAGCUGCUCCAACCCCGGGAACUAGCACCACAUCCUCUGUGCCCCGACGGGUCGCUUCCACCAUUAAUCUACUCGGCGUGCCAUCUCCAAAUCAGUCCGCUGGCAUUAACUAUGUGGCUAGCGCUGACAAUAAAGAGGUGUGUCUCUACGCGCGGUACUUCUGUUACUUGCUGCAGUCUUGCAUUUUCUGCUAG